AUGAUCUCCUCAACGAUCUCCAAAUCCACCUCGGACGUCAUGGCAUGGUGCGUUACUGAUACUGUUCCUGACCCUCCAGAAAUCAAUCUUUCCGACUUGCAAAAGUCGCUCGACACCACUGCUCUGGAAUUGGUGGACAAUCAGAAAGACAACAUGAUGGGUCGAAAGAAGCUCGCCGAGCAGACUAGAGAGUUCAAGAAACUUCCUGAUGACGCCGAAAAGUUCAAUGCCAUCAAGGUCUUGCUCAAAGCAUACCAAUCAGAGAUCGAUUCUCUCACUCGCCGAGCCAAAAUGUCUGAAACUUCUUUCCUCAACGUGUACAAGCUGUUAUCCGAUGCCCCUGAUCCAUAUCCUCUGCUCGAUGCCGCGGUAGAUCAGACCGUAAAGGUUGCUGAAGCUCGGAUGAUGCAAGCCGAAGCCAACAGGUUGCGCGAGGAGAACGCCGAGUUGAAGAAACAGGUCGCACAGAAGGAUCAAGUGGAGGAGAAGAGGAAGAAGGCGGAAAAAAAGGCAGAGGAUCUGGAGCAAAAGGUGAAGGAUCACGUCAAACUACGAAGAGAGGUGAGUACACAGUCUUCUUCGCUGACAUGCAGGGAGAAAGAUCUCCAGCGACAAGUCCAAACGGCCAAAGACCAAGUCCGAGACAUGCAUAUGUCCAACGAGAACACCCAAGCCAAGUUGAUGGACGCUAGCCAGAGACAAGAGCAAGACGUGGUUGCAAGACUCGCCGAGAUGGACCUCGUGGCGGCGGAUUUGAUUCGUGCCAACGAGCGGGUGGCAACUGUGGAAAGGCGAAAUGAACUUUUACGUUCCGAAAUUGAAAGCGUUAGAAGCGGCUCUGCUCAUGCCGAACGGGUGAAAUCCCUCGAAUCACAGAUCCAGGAGCUCGAAGCUGAGGCCUCCAAACUGCUCCGUGCGUUGGACCAAGCCCAGGACGCAAAGGCAGAAGCAGAGCGGAAUGUGGAGAAACGCAGCGAACAGACCGCAAAGGACCUCGCCGCGCAGGCCUCUGAAAUCGAGACCCUUCGAAGCAAGGUCAAGCAAUUCGCCGACUAUGACGAGAUCAAACGGGAAUUAGAGAUCAUGAAGUUUGUCGAAUUCAGCGGCGCCGACUUUGACGAUGACGAUGUUGGACUUCCCGACCCGAACGCCGAUGUGGCCAACAAGGAGCUCGGGAGAUCCUUGGAGAACCUCCUUGUCGCGAAGAACCGCCGAGUUCUGGACGAAUUGACGCGCCUCCGGGUGACCUGGGAGGAGCUUUCCGCAGAGCAUGCCAAGUCGGAAGAAAACCUGACCUCCCUGCAAACCGAGCUGGACCGCGUCAAGGGUCUCAACGAGAAACUAGAAAACGAUCUGAUGAGUAUCAACAAGGGCGAAGACCGCUCGACGACCGGCCUCGCGGGUCUAGACAUUGGCAAGGACCGUGGCGCCUCACCCGCUCCUGAUACCUCUAUCCUCCCCAUCGUCACAAGCCAGCGUGAUAGAUUCAGACAACGCAAUGCAGAACUCGAGGAGGAACUGCGAAAACAAUUCGAAUCCAUCUCUGACCUCCGGGCCGAAGUCAAAUCCCUCCAAGCGGACAACCUCAAAUUAUACGAAAAAGUCCGCUACAUGCAGUCCUACCGCGAUGCACCUGCCGCUGGACCGAGUCGUGCAGGCAUGCUGAACGGCGUCAUGAGGCGUGAAGAUGAGAUCGGACGCUACAAGGAUAAGUACGAAGAAUCGAUGAACCCGUUCGAGGCGUUCAAGGGGAGGGAGGCGCAACGGGCGAUACAAGCGCUGAACCCGUUAGAACGCGCCGUGUUCGCCCUGACCCGAGCUAUCAUUGGGAACAAGCGGGCUCGAAGCCUGUUCAUCUUGUACGCCGCUUGCUUGCAUCUUCUCAUCUUAUUCGUGCUAUGGAACACUAUGGCUGCGAGUGAUUCUAAAGCGCACGAGAUGAUCCCUAUCAAACCAACAUGA